GCCACCGAGCAGGAGUGAGUGUCGGCUCCUGCCUGCUGCUGCUGCUGGGGCUGCGGCUGCGGCCGGGGAGGCGACGGCAGCUGCCCAGGAGCGCCCUGCAGGCUCCCCCGACCCUGGUGCACGGGGUCCCCGCCGCCGCCGGGGCCAUGCUGGCCGGGGGGGCUGUGGCUCUCCUGUCCCUGACCUGGAGCGCCUACCAGAGCCUGGCCGUGCCCCGGGUCUCGGAAUGCGGCCUCUCCUGCUCCCAGGGCUUCAUCUGCAAGAGCCGUAGGAGCCGGAACAUACUGAACAGCUUCUGCCGGCCGCUCCCCGAGUCCGUGGCCCCGCCAGUCCUGGGGGCCCUGACACUCUCCACCGUCAUGAAGUGCGCCCCCCGGGGCGGCUGCUCCCUGCUGCUGGACGUGCGCGCCUCCCUCACGCUGCACAAGAGCCUGCGGGGCCUGGAGGCCUGCUCCAUGAGCCUGGACACCCAGGAGACUCAGUGUCACAGCGUGCGGGUCUCCAGGGCCUCGCGCCGGCAGCAGGAGGGGCGGCAGAUCCUGGGUUCCAGCUGGGCAGGGUGGAGCCGUGGAGUCCUCGGGUCCACCUGGCUCACACCUGUCCCUGCCCAGCUCCAGGUGCACUUCGACUGCUUUGAGGUGGGCGUGGCCCAGAGCCUCUACGUCACCCUGAGGACUGUCCCCCACUUCUGUGGGGUCCAGCUGGAGCAGCAGUACCAUGUGAAAGACUGCGGGGACGAGGACGUGAGGAGCAACGUGCCAGACUGCUUUGCCCGGAAGCUACCCUACCGGGUGGACCGCAGCCGCAAGGUCAUUGUGGUACAAGUGCCCGAGGCCCCCGGGGGCCCCGACUACUUCAUGCGACUUUGUCUUAAGUGGAUCGCCUGCGAGGACGCAGGCGCACUAGUGCGGGUGACCGCGAACAGCGUCUCCCGGAUGGUCUCUCUGCCCUACAGCCAGGAGCUGCCCUGCCUGUGCCUAGAGAGCUGGUCUGCGACCCUAGAUGCAGUGCGGACCCAGACCUGCCCCUUUGAGAACGACACAGAGGCACUGUGGGAGGCCAUCCGCUACCACCCAGAGAGCCAGGCGCUGAGCUGGGAGCCGGCCUGUCCGGUGAGCGGCCACGUGAGCCUGUGCUGGCGCCCGGACCCAGGGGCCCAGUGCCAGGAGCUGAAGCACUCAGUCCGGCCUGCACACCGCAGGGUGCAGUACUCGCCGGUGGACACCCAGCCUCAGCUCUGCCUCAAGUUCUCCACCGGCCGGGGCUUCUGGGUGAGCUGCCCUUUCCAACGGCCAGGCUUCCCAGCCUGGAAGAUGACCGUCCAGCCGGCACCCUCGAGGACCCACCUCCGGGUCGCCUUCUCCUCGCCCAGCCCCGCCCGUUUCCAGGUGCGCCUGUGUCACCGAAGGGAGAUGUGGCCCUUCGCCUGCCACGGAAUGUCCCAGGCCACCGCCCUCUCUCCAGCCUCCGCGAACCUCACUGCGGACCCCGUCUUCGUGGACAUUCCCAGGGACGAGGCCUGUGGGCCCGACACCUGCAUCCAGGGCCAGAGGACGGACGUGCUCUUCUCGGGCCCCCAGCGGCUGUGUGCCCUGCAGUGCGGAGCUUGGGACGUCCUUGGGCCCAGACUCCGGGGACCUCAGGCUGGGCGGAAGACAGAGCUGCCACCCAGGGGACAGCUGGCUGAGAUCGGUGUCUCAUCAAGAACAAGCAAGUGCCGGGGCUGGACUGCUGGGUGCAGUGGCGACCAGCUGGCUCCUGGGCACCCCGAACCUUGACGGAGAAGGCCAGGCUCAGAGUGCGGGGUGACCCCCGGCCGCGGGGCCCAGGCCCCUGCCAGCUCCGGGAGGACUGCAGCUCCGCGGGGCCCCUGCAGCUGGGCUGGCUGCUUGGACUCCGGCAAAGGACCUCGGCCCCUUCCUGACCCCCCUGGGUGGGCAACAGGAUGGCUGGGGGACGCCCCUUCCUCAGAUGACCUGGCCCCUGGCCUGCCCUGUCUCAGCUCGGUCCAGGCUCCCUCUGGGCGCCCCGUGGUCACAGCCGCCCUCCCUGCCGGACGGCUUUCCCCAGGUGCUGGCGUGCGGGGUGUGGCCCUGUCCUCUGUAUAGCUGACCAGCCCGGUGGCACAGGCCUAUCUCCAGCUCCUGCCCAGAGCACCCCCAUGCUGGCGGGGGUGCCCCCCUAUUGCCCACGCUGGGCCUUCACUCGGCCCCCACCUCACGCGCAAGCACCCAGCUCCCUCCACUGCCCCUCCAAGGACCCUGCCACACGCCUCCCGGGCACCUCCAGCCUGCCCCAGCGCCCCCAGAGGUCAGGCCGCUCAGAGGUCACUCCCCAAGCCCCGCCCAGCCAGGGCAGCAAGGGCUCCAAGGCCACCUGCCAGAUGGGCCACUCACUCAAAGGCACGUCAGACUCUUCGAGGGCCACCGUGUGCCAUCGGUGCCGGGCGACCAGCGAGGGACCCUGGGCCUGGCAGCGAGAUUUCUGUGCCCUGAGCCCUCCGGGUCUGCCCUCACAAGGACCCCGGCUGCUCCACUCCUGAGUUGCCACCAGGAGUCUGGGCAUCGCCUCUACCUGAUAGAGGUGCGCAGAGGGACCGGCGUCCACACCUGGCCCUGGACGGUCAACAGUGCUGCCCUCUGCCCAUGCGCUGCCAACGGCGGUCCGGGUAACACUGUCCCUCCUUCCAUGGGCCACCGCAGCUCCCAAGGACUGGGGGCGGGCAGAGCCAGCGUGGCCCCCCCGCCCCUGUCCCCCUGGCUCACCUCGUCCCUUAAGGACAGAGGUGGGGUCUGCAGGGCCAGGCAGCCCCUUGGGGCAAGUGGGGGCAGGGUGACGGGGGCACCUGUCAGAACGGGCCCAGGCCGUGACUGCCGUGGAGUGAGGGUGGGGCCACGCAUGUGAUGGCGCCUGCCAGCCCCCACCCCGUGUGAGACCCCAGACCGCACCCAGGACACUGCAUCCAGGGGUGCCACCAGCCUACGCCCGCCCGGGAGAUCGGGGCCGAUGGCCUCGGGCCCCACCGCGGGGGGUGAUGAGGGAGGCAGAGGGCCACAGGUGAACCGGGGUGAGCCUUCGGACGCUCGUGUGCCCCACUCGUCCGGUCCACGAGCAGGCGCUCUGCACCGCCCGGCGCUGUGGCCACGCUGAGGCCCAUCCUGCCCUAAAACUCGAGCUGCCCAGACCUCGGUCACCCCACCUGGAGCUGACCUGUGCGUGGCGGGGACAGGCCACACACAGGCUAAACGAGUCCAUUCCACGGGGUGCCCAGUGGCCGGGUGGGGGGCUGGGGAAGCAAACAGGAAGGGGGGGCCCGGGUUAGAAAAGGGCCCCCAGCAACCUGCAAGCUGACGCUGCCGUGGUGAGGGGCAUGGGCUGCCAGGCUCUGCCAGGACCUGGCAGGUGGGAGGUGGGGAGAGGCGCGCAGGUGGGGCCAAGCGCCGCCUCGCCUCGUGCGGGGCGGGCAGCCACGGGGCAGGAAGACGGAACGUCGGGAGGGCGGAGCUUGUGGGCCGGGCUGGGCUGCUGCAGGGGCGCUGGCGGUUGGCGGGGCGAGGGGCGCCUGCCUAUCAGACUCUCACUCGGUCAUUCACUCGUUCAUUCAUUCAUCCACCAACGCUUUCCCAGUGCCUGCUGUAUACCCGCUCCCUCCGCGAGCAAAGCAGACCCGGGUCCCUGCCUGGGGCCGGAGAGGGAGGUGUAGACGAGGAAAGGCCGUAAAGAGAGCUGUUCGCAACGGAAAGGCAGAGCAGGCAGAGGAGGGGAUGGCGGCGGGGCCGAGCGCAAAACCCCGAGGAGGUGAGGCGGUGAGCGGACCUGGUGGGCGGACCGGCCGGAAACGAAGCCCGCCGCCCCCGCAGCGGGUCCCCUCCGCGGAGGUGCGGGAGAAACAACGGCCAGACGAGCACGUGGCGGCCGAACGAGCACGUGGCCAGUGCGGAGGCAGACGGCGCGCCCCGCCCCCGAGCCAGCCUGGCCCAACCCCCCCCACGUGACCUCAGGAGGAAGAGCCUGUCCCCAAGGGCACCUGGCGCAGAGCUACUCCGUGUGACAGCCCUGCACCACCCCCGCUCUCUGUGGCGACGGCGUGGAAUGACUCCCGCCAUUCCGUUACUGGCUGGGCCCACAUGUUUGUGUGGGUUUUGUGUGUGUGACGGCCCUCGUAGCGCUUGGUUCUCUUUCACUGCGUUUGAAACACUUUGGUUACAUUGCAACGUGACAGCUGUCCUGUCAGCGCGCACUUAAAAGAACUUAUCAAAAUUGGUUAACUUUUGUGUAGCCACUGUAAUAUGGAAGAUGGAAGAAAAUAAGCAACAUUUUCAGCAUGUUAUGCUUUAUUGUUUCAAGAAAGGUGAAAAUGCAGCUGAGAUGCAGUAAAAUGGUUUGUGCAGUGUGUGGAGAAGGUGCCGGGGCUGGGCGAGCAUGUCAGAGGUGGUUUGCGAAGUUUCGUGCUGGAGAUUUCUAGCCGGACGAUGCCCCACGGUCGGGGGGACCAGCUGAAGCCAUGAAAUCAAAGCACCGACUGAGCCCUGGCUGCCGUGGCUCCGUGGACUGAGCGCUGGCCUGCGAACCAAAGGGUUGUCGGCUUGAUUUCCGCUCAGGGCACAGGCCUAGGGGUGCGGGCCAGGUCCUCGGUAGGAGG